GCCUUGCGAGACAGGAAGGAACGGAACUAAAACAAACAUGCAGCUAUGCAACAGAGAGAAAAAAAAUUACUUCCCGGGCAUUACUUUCAAAACGGAUACGCGAGCAGUGCCGUUGUUUUGGAUACGGUAUCGAGCGCAGGAGGGAAAUGGGAAAAGUCCUGCACGCCGUUUUGGCGUCUUCUGUGCGGGUUUGUGCUUCAGUUGCUACCGGGAUUUCAAACGGCCAGUAGGUACAAGUUCAAGGGUUUUGCAGCAGGCACUAACGAACGGUGCGCCGGUGUGCAAUGUGCUGAUGGUGCAAACAUUCCGAUACUUCCGGAGGAUUACCUCACACAAAGGGAUGAACUCCCCUUUUUAAAUAUUGAGUUUCUCUCUCUCUCUCUCUCUGUGUUCAAGUGGUAAAUGGAACAAACCCGUCGUGGCAUCCUGUGCUAAUGAGAAGCUGCAAUUAGUCUAUAAGCGGUGGCUGCAUAUAAAUGACACUUUACCGGAGCUUGAACGGGAUUUGGAACAACUAUUAUCCUUCUGGUUGAAUAUUCAUUCGCUCGCUAUCAGUGAACAUCGUCGAUUCGUCGGCAUCAGUGGCCCUUCUCUCCGAGGCCCUGCUCUAUCUCGGAAAAGGCACAAUGGAAGUGAGAAGUAGCCUAGAUUUGUCGAUACUAAAUUAUAAUCCAACCCGAAAAAGGGCCACUGUCCGCCCGUCUCUGAUCGUUAAGUCGGGCAGUAUUUAUCGACGAGAAACGGAACUCUCAGCGAUAAACGGCGUGUUCCUUUCUCCAUCGUUGAAGCGAUGUGGAUAAAACAGGGGAAAUCAAGAUUACGCUUUCACCCCCCUCCCUCACACCGGUAAAGGGAAAUAAUUCGAACAGCCCCAUUAAUGACGCCACAUAUUCCAAAAAGCGCUUUUACCGUGACACUUUUUCCCUCUCGAUCGAAUGGACCGCGGCGGGAGUCAUCGUUUCACCCUAUUCUACUGAUUUUCCACUGGCCUAUUUCCCGCUUUCUCUCGAAACUCCCCAUCGAGCCGCACUAAGCAAGGGGUCAAUAGACUGGACAGUUCCUUCAACUUUAGUACACCGGUGGGAAAAUCGAUUCUACGCGCCUAUAUGCUGCUGCUGCUGCCUGUUGCCCCGGCAUCGCAAGGGUCCGCUUUUCACAACAAUGCAACGUAUUUUCGGUUCAUCCGUGUUGCUGCAAGUGAGUGCAUUCGUGCAUAUAUGUGUUUCAAUUUGUGUGUGUGUGAGUGUGUGCACGGUAGGCCACUCCAGACGCAGACAGCGAUGCAUUAUGCAUGCAAAGUGUAUUCAAUGAAGAGUGUAAUCCUUAACCGCCUGAAUGUAUGCAACCUGCAACACGUUUGAUAAAAGCGAGGAAUUUAAUAAAGGGAAUUAUUGUUCGUUUUGCUCUAUCUUUAGCGAUUAAUUGAUUAAAAAAAAUAACAGUACAAAUAUAACACAUCAAACAACAGUGAGUAAAGUGUUUAAUAACCAAUUAUCGUUAGCUUUAAAAAUAAACCAAUAAACCGUUCUGAUCAAAGGACAAUCUCACACGAACGGUGACCGUUUCGAACGUCCUAUAGAUAGCAAAUACCUACAAAAAAACCCAUAAAUAGACACCUCCAUAUCCGUGUGAACCGAUGUGUCCUGUGGAUCAAUAAUUCCCUUUCCACCGCAAACGCUCGGCUCAUGUAAUAACGGGCGAUAUCUAAAUUAUCAACGAUUUCUUUGUAACGUUCGCCGGCGACCCACUUCGAACCAACCAUAUGCAGCGACACCCUACCCACGUCCUACGCCUAACUGAUUGUCACUCACUUGCUCAGUUCCCAUCACUUGUUUUUUUAUUAUUUACAUCAUUCAUAUUUACCACCCUCCUCCGUCUGGCUAGGCGCUGUCCCGGUUCGUACCACAAAGCAACCGAAUCGGCCACAGACUGACCCCUUCGAAGGAGAUUUUUCCCUUCGACGGUGUUAGUAUCGAAAGCACGAUUGGACUACUACAGCAAAGCACAGCGCACGAGACCACCUUGGCUCGUGUCACGCAAAAAAAGGGACCCGCGCUCUGGCCGGUUUGGCCGUUCGUGUUCGUUCGGACCUCAGUAGCACGCGGACUACGGACGGGAAACCAUCGUGUGAGAAGCCAACCAGGACCAGAAAGAAUUGUCUCAGUACAAGUGUUUCUUGAAAAUAAAGGCACGCACGGGAAUAUGAAAAUAGGUCAAACAGGUGCAUCUGGAAAGUGAUUAAACCUCUCCGCAAGGAAGGUGCAAUGGACUGUUAAGGGAAAGAUUGUUUCGAAACGUGUGCAUUAUUAAAGCCUUUAAUUACUUUAAAAAAACACACACAGUACAAAUACAGAUAAAGUUAAAGUUAAAUGUGCAACACGACGGAUCAAAACGGCGAUGGGAUGCACGUGGAUAUCGAAGUUCCAGAAUGAUAUACCUUCAGAUACGGGUGCCGUGUUCACGCUAGGCAAAUCGUACCUCUACGAUGACACCAUUAAGGAGCAAACAACGCCCCAGUACGAUGGCAUGGCUCACAGCCCGCACGGCCAGCGGCCCAAAACCCCCAACGGCAAGGAUGUACCAACGCGACAGCAGAGUUACUUUUUCGUCAAAAACGAUCCGAUCGUGAAAAUUGUCUGUGGCAGCAAGCAAAGUGGCGUGAUAUGUGAAUCUGGACGACUGUUCGUGUGGGGCCACAGUGGACACGGUCAGCUUGGGCUGGGCAAAACGGAAACCGUCCAUAAACCCUCCUGCGUGCGUACGAUCAAGCGUCUCAAGGAGCGUGUCCAGUCGUUUUGCUUCGGCGGGAAUGGAUUCUGCGUCAUUAUUACCGCAUCCGGUAAGGUGUUUUACAGUGGGAAAAAUGUGUUCCCAUUCAAUGCAAAGGUAGCCUCACUGCUCGAUGCGACCACACUGCACAAAAAUCCCACCGAUAACAGUGAAUACACACCGUACCCGGUGGAGUUGCGUGAGUUCCGUCACUGUCUGGAGCAGUCACCGGAUGAUGAGUCCUUCAGCCACGUGUUAGCCGGUUUUAAUCACUUCGUACUGCUCACUACCGGUGGCAAUUGCUUCGGCUGGGGCUACAACAGUCAUCAGCAGCUCGGUGGAGUGGAUUCGCUCCGCAUACUGACCCACCCGGAACGGAUCGCACUGGACGAACCGGUAGCGCACGUGCUUUGCGGCAACUACUGCACACUGUUCGUGACCGAAGCGAACGCGCUCUAUCUCGUGGGAAAGUUUCAAAAGAUCACACUCCCCGUGUUGAAGCCGCUGGAAAGCUGUACCCUCCCGGACAGGGUAACCGGUGGGGAGAUAACCGGAUGGGACUGUGUCUACCUGCUGCUAGCGACCGGCCAGGUGUAUCGUUCGAAUCGCGUAAAAACGGUGGAAGAUUUACGCUUCGAACCGUUCGACCAUCUAGCGGGACUGCUGGCGGACGACGAGUACGUCACAAAGAUAGCGUCCGCAAACGAUUGCGUGUCGUUCGUCACCAGCAGCGGACGGUUGCUGACGACGUACGAUGACGACGGUCCCUUCACAGCUUCGGACCACUUCAAGGAGCUGUCCAAAUUCCGCCACUUUAACGUCACCGACAUUGCGAGCGGUGCGGAGCAUUCGCUCGUACUGGCCUACCCGGCCGCCGAGCGGUUGGAUGUGACGCACGCCCUGGAACUGCUGCGUAACGCCACCCCGCUACCGACCGAGCUGCAGCGCGACGCACAGCAGGCGGCAGAGUUUCUGCGCAACGAAAAGCGCCGGCUGCGGCGGGAGCACGUCGAGCGGGAAAUUUCCAAGGAUGAGUCGAUCGCGAUCGAAACCACCGACCGGGGCGAGGCGGACGUACGGUUCAUCGACAACGGGGUAAGCAUAGCGCCGGUCACACCGAACGGGAAGCAGCACAAGCGACGCCACCAUCAUCACCAUCAGCUGAAACCGGCCGAUGCGGUCGAUGCGGACGAUGAGGCGGAUCGGUUCUCCGCCCACCGGGAUGAGGUGCCGAGAAAAACGCACACACCCAACAUUAGUCAGCUGAUCGAUUACAGUGAUGAUGAUAAUGAUAGCAUCUCGUCGCAGUCCACCUUUCACGACGAGGAGGAAGAAAAUGGUGAAAAUAGAAGUCGCACCGGCAAGCAGGCGCUCGAAGGCUACAAAAACGGUGUCAGCAACAGCGAUAGCAACAAUAACGCAAGGAAUGAGGAUGUGCGCAAGCUGAGCCUUGGCAGCAAGCUGAACGGUAGCUUGGGCAGCACCAAAUCCAGCGACCGUAUGCGCAAGUUCUUCAAGGAGCUGAAAUCGAAAAGCAUGGACGUGUCCUGCAAAAACCCGGGCGUCGUGCUGGAUGAUGACGUAAAGUACUCCAAGAACGACCAGAUUAUCCAGGCGGAGGAUAGAGCGUCCAAGGUGUGCACACUGAUGUGAAUUUGCUGCUCACUGCUGUUGUUUCCUGAAUACUGAACACUUUGCAAUAAAUCACUUGAAUACAAAACACACCAGUUGGCGUUUGCUUUGCCCCCGUUUUAGUACGAUAAAAACGUUUUACAAAUCGAAAACUACAGUGUUUUCGUUGUUUUGAGCGCUUGAAAACCGUACCGGUACUGAGGAAAUGUAAACAACUUUGCCUUUGCUAAACGUCACCCGGCAAACAAUGCGAGGGUUGGUGAGGUACCUCUCGCUCUAAUUUCUCUAGUCUAGUCUAGUUGCCUCGCUUCCUCCUAUAGUGAUUCUGUCGAGCUGAGCUUUCACGUCCCUCACCACCGAUCUCCUUCCUACCCCUCGCCUAAGAUCGUCUGACGUCUCGCCUGACACCUUUCGUUGUGUUGGUGCUCUGCGGCUGCUGUCACUGAAGAUGUCAAGUUGUGUGUGUAAAAAAACGUAAACAGUGUUGUUGGCUGAUCAAUUUUGGUAAGUUUUUUAAUAAUUAAGUUCUUAAUUUUACGUAAGUAAGUGCCAUUUUAGCAAAAGUAAGUGGUAGAAGUCCUGCCCAAUGCGUGCUGGCUCCGUCGGAAGCGGUUCGUGCAUGUACCGGCGUAGGAAAGUGGUGUGGUGAACAACACAGCACAAGACAGCGGAUAUAAUGCAGAAACAAUAUGGGCCUGCCGCAGGUGUUUGCGACUGUGCGUUGUGUAUGAUUGUGUAUGAUUCGCCAAUUUUACUCUAUCCUGGAACGUGGGGUUACGAGGAACCGUUCAAGAAGAUCCUCCGGAAGCUGUACGGCGACGAGUCGGGCUCUACCAGCACAACACACUAGAGGCCCAGCUGGCACCGGGUGCCCCGAUUGCGCCGUGAGACAAUGUCGAGCGCGCUCGUUAACAACGUUCGGGGCAGGAAUGCAACCAUUCUGAUCAUUAUCCUCUGCCUCACAAUAGCUGCAGCAGCAACAGGACCGAACCGACCGCACUACUGAUUGCGGUCAAAUUUCCUGGCAGGAGAAAAAACCCCACAAGUGUAUCGAUUGCAUCGACGGUCGCUCGCUGACGGCACCAACAUGCCACAGAAUAACCCCGGAAAGGCGACAAACAUCACGACAUCACGUUAAUAGUGUUAUUGUGUUAAUUGAACAAACUUGAUGUUAACGAGUUAAGUUUAAUUUUAAGUGCGCUUUAAGGCAUAAAUCGAUAUGGCUAAUUUUAAGUUAAGUGUUUUGACAUGCGCGUGUGUGUGAAGGGGCGGAAUAAGCGCUAAGCAAACUAAGCGGCCGCGUAGGGCCCCGUGGUCUUGAGGGGGCCCAAUAAAGGAACACCCCACUCGCAAGUUAAAUUGCUGCUAAAUCCUUCUCUAGUUUAGAAUAUUUCCCUGCUAGACGCUUAAACCAAUCUUACAUUUAUGUGACUGAUUAGGGCCUCCACUCGUAUGUGUGGGUUUUGCACAACAUUUAAGCUAAAUAAAUUUAGUUUAUAUUAUCAUAAAA